CAGGCUCAGUACAGUCUGGCCAAUAUUUCCGGAAGAUAACCGACAUGAGUUCUUAAUAAUCAGCCGCGUUUCCCCCCACCCGAAUUUGACGAAAACGUUGUAACACGCGUGUGCAAAUUACGCCUUCCCUGGAGCAGCUGCGCUUGACAAACGGCCCAAUGAUGAAACUGCGAAAAAAGUAGUAAAAACUUCUUGACUAACGUCUCUUCUUGUUCGCUCUUUGCAGCUAAAUCGAGGGCGACGACAGGAAGCAACACUUGACUGAAGCGUGGAAACGGAAGCGGCAGUCUAUGAGAGAGCAAAUCAUGAGAUUAACAGGCCCCAUGCGAGCUGUGGCAGCGCUUCUCCUGGUGGGACUCACGUGGCUGCUGGCAAGCACUUUGUUUGGAGGGGAAAGCGUGUCUUUUGUGCGCCAUUUCCUCAAUAGUGCAAGUCAGGAACCAACAGCUGCUGAAGUUCGACCACAGAGGUAUAAAUGUGGCCUUUCAGCGGCGUGCCCCCCCAAACAUCUGGCUUUCCGCCUGGUAUCUGGGGCUGCCAAUGUCAUUGGGCCCAAAAUCUGUCUGGAGGAUAAGAUGUUAUUAAGCAGCGUGAAGAACAACGUUGGCAGAGGAUUAAACAUCGCUUUGGUGAAUGGUACACUGAACUUUUUUUCUGCUGUGCUGUAUUUAACUCCUGACAGUCAUUUUCAAACACACUUUUUUUGUUUAAUUUCAGGGGUCACAGGUGAACCUCUAGAAACAAAGACCUUUGACAUGUGGGCAGGAGAUGUUUCCGACCUAUUGAAAUAUCUGCGGCCACUACAUGAGGGAACGCUGGUGUUUGUGGCCUCCUUUGAUGAUCCAGCUACAAAGUUGAAUGCUGAGUCUCGGCGACUGUUUGAGGAGCUUGGGAGCACUGCUGUCAAGGAGCUAGCUUUUCGGGACAGCUGGGUGUUUGUUGGCGCCAAGGGCAUUGAGAAUAAGAGUCCAUUUGAGCAGCGGAUGAAGAACAGUAAGAGCAGCAACAAAUACGAAGGUUGGCCCGAGUCACUGGAGAUGGAUGGCUGUAUUCCCUUACGGCCGCCCGUGGAAGUUUAAUUCAGGCCUUUGCGGAAAGCAGUUUCAUUACACUUGACCAACCAACUGACAGACUGAUUGAUUGAAAGCCAAAGAGCUACUCUGUUUAAGUCACACACAUGGAGAUCUUGGUCUUGGGACCUGAUAUAGAAAUGACUAAAUGUGGAAGUGGUCGUGAAAGAUUUUUCUUUUUUUUUCUAGUAAUAUAAAACCAAUGUGUAUGCAAUGUUGUAAAAGGGAAAUUUGAAGGGUGACUGAUGUGCAGUGAAGUUGGAGUCGGUCUUCCUUCAGAAAGUGAUACGUCUCCCUGCCUGAAAGUUCAAACACACUCUAUAAAGUUGCACCACAUCCUCAAGUUCUUCACUUUUCAGCAGUUUCAUGAAGGGUAUCCAUUUGCAUUUCUGCCGAAGUUCAAAAGUAAAUGCUGUGUUUUAUAUUAAAGUUGAAACAGUUUGUUUAAUGCCAUGACAAAUAUUUAUAUGAAAUUGUAUGCAUAUACUAGAAGCAGCAGUUUGUUACCUUAGAACAGGGGUGUCAAACUUUAUUAUUUUUAUUUUUUUUUUGGUCUCGGGCCGCAUUGUAGUUAUGAUUUCCCUCAUAGGGCCGUUGGAACAGUGAAACCAUAUAAAUGUUUACUCCUCACCAAAACAAUCUUACCAUUACACAACAAAUUGAGGGAUAACUAGUUUUGAAAUCAGAAGACAAGGAUGGUUUGUUCAAGUAUUUAAGUUACUGUAGAAGAAGGGUUUGGUAACAGAAAAAUCCAAUAUCUCAACAUUAUUGUUUAUUAUUUUGACAAUUUGGAAUUUGGGUACAGAUUUUAACAAAAAUCACGGAAGUUGACGAGCAUGAUUUGCUUUUGCGGACCACAUAAAAUGAUGUGGCGGGCUGCAUCUGGCCCAGGGGCCUUGAGUUUGACAUCUAUGCCUUUAGAAAAUGACGUACAAGAUAAGCCAGUGUUUAUUGACAUUGCUUGUCAGUUUAGUCCAACAGUAUGCAAAACAGGAGCUUUGCUAUCUAGGUACCAUGUAAGACUGCUCAAGUUUUUAAUAAUAUCCAAUGCUGGUUGAUAUAUGUCCAGAGUGCUUUGUUGGAAAAUGUUGUGUGUAUGGUUCUAUGUUUGAUGUGAAUGAACUAUUUAAGUGCAUCAAAAUAAAAUUAUUAUCUUGA